CAGUUUAUUCUGAACUAGCAGACGAUAAAAAUGGCGGGUACUGUAAAUCCAGAUUUGCAAGCUGAGCGCGAUAGAAUUAGUUUUGAACAAGAAGCAUUGACUAACGCUAUCGAUGGCACGCCGGAAAAGACGGAGAAAAGAAGAAAAUAUGCUAAUUUGGCAUUGAAUGAUCCUGAUUUCGACAUGACAUCGUACAACUUCUUGUCAAGAAGUGAGAAAUAUGGAGCAGCUGUGGAAAAAACAGUUAAAAUGAUAAAAAAAAUAGGAAAGUUAGGAAUAACUGAUCCUACUGAUUUAUACAUCUAUAGAAGCCACAUAUUUCCCAAUGAGUCGACCAGCUUCACCUUACACGCAGAUAUGUUUAUACCCACACUGAUGGGUCAAGCUUCCCCAAAACAGCAAUCCAAAUGGCUUCCAAAGGCUUUAACCUUGCAAAUUAUUGGCACAUACGCUCAAACUGAACUAGGGCAUGGAACCUUUAUCAGAGGUUUGGAAACAACUGCUACAUAUGAUGAGAAAACAGAAGAGUUCGUAAUUCACUCGCCAACAAGAACUUCUCUUAAGUGGUGGCCUGGAAAUCUUGGAAAGAGUACAAACCAUGCGAUUGUUAUGGCUCAAUUGAUCGUUAAAGGACAGAAUUAUGGUCCUCAUCCUUUUAUUGUACAAAUCAGAAGUUUGGAGAAUCAUAUGCCUCAACCAGGCGUGACUCUUGGUGAUAUUGGACCAAAGUUUGGCUACGAUGCUAAUGAUAAUGGAUUUAUGCAAUUUGACCACGUAAGAAUUCCACGUGAAAAUAUGUUAAUGAAACAUUCCAGAGUUGAGCCUGAUGGAACUUACAUAAAAGCCAAAAAUUCCAAAUUGACAUAUGGUACUAUGGUUUUUGUUAGAUCAGUACUAAUUAGAGAUGUGGCUGCUUUGUCUCUUGCUCAAUGUGCUACCAUAGCGAUAAGAUACAGUUGCGUUAGAAGGCAAUCGGAAAUUAAACCUGGUGCUGGUGAACCAAAAGUUAUGGAUUAUAGAGCCCAACAGGCAAAAUUAUUUCCACAACUGGCUACUGCCUACGCUUUCCUCUUUGUUGCUCAAGAAAUGGAAAAUAUAUACUUUUCUGUUAACAGCGAGAUUGAUAGAGGAGAAAUAGACAGGCUACCCGAAUUGCAUGGUCUGUCUUCUGCGUUGAAAGCUUUCACAACUGAUUGGGCUGUUGUUGGAAUGGAAAUUUGCCGAAGAUCCUGCGGAGGUCAUGGUUUCUCCCACUGUAGCGGUAUCCCAAAAAUCUACGUAAACGCUUUACCAGGAGUUACAUAUGAGGGUGAAAAUACUGUUAUGUAUCUACAAGCUGCAAGAUAUUUGGUAAAAUGUGUUAACAUGGCUAAACGAGGAGACCAAUUGCCAGGAUCAGUCGCUUUUCUCAAUAAAAAGCCCGCUCCAAAAUCUUCCAUUACGGAGGAUGUAAAUAUGGUUGAUUUAGUUGAAGCCUAUAGAGCUAGAGCUUAUUACCUAGUUCACAUGGCCAGUUUCGAAUUGGAUAGAGAAAUCAAAAAUGGUAUGGCAUCGUAUGACGCUUGGAAUGAAUGCGCAGUAGCUUUGGUUAUGGCUGCUAAAGCCUAUGGUCAUUACGUUGUAGUUGAGGCCUUUGCUAAAAAACUGGAAACUUUAACUAACAAUCAGGUUCCGGCUUCAGUUAUAGGAGUAUUGACUUUAUUAGGUAAAUUAUACGCCCUUCACGGAAUACUUGAAAAUUCUGGUGACUUUAUGAGCGAAAACUAUUUGAGUAAACAACAAAAAUCUUUCAUUUAUAAUGGUUUCCUAUACGCUUUAAAGAGUCUAAGACCAGAUGCUGUUGGUCUGGUUGACGCCUUCGAAUUUCCUGAUAAAGUUUUGGAUAGUGUUCUUGGUAGAUACGAUGGUAGAGUUUACGAAAACAUGCUUGAAUGGGCUAUGAAAGAUGAAUUGAACAAAACCCAGGUACAUGAAUCUUAUUUCAAGCAUAUCCGACCAUUUGUUAAACAAGCUUCAAAACUUUAAUAAAAAAAGGAAAGAUAUAGUAAAACGAAUAAGGAAGAAAGUGAAUAUAAUACACUCUUUUCUCAAUAGUUCAAUAGCAUUAAAGAGAAGUUAAAUCAAAAAUAUUUAAAGUAUAACAUACAUGUGUAUGUAUAAAUAUGAUUUAUUGUCAACUUUUCGAUUGUUAUCUAAAUAUAAUAUAAUUCAAUAAAACAAUAUUA